AUGGAACACCCAGCAUUUUCACUUGCUGCACUCGCUGCAAUCGGCGGCGGCAUGGGCUAUUGGCGCAAGAAGUCUGUGCCCUCGUUAGCUGCAGGUCUCGUUUUCGGUAGUAUCUACGCUUACGCCGGCUACCUUUUAAGAAACAACAUGGACAAUGGUCUCGAAAUCGCUUUAGGCGCUAGUUCUGUGCUAUUUCUAACCGGGGUUGUAAGAGGCUUCCCAUCCCGUUUUAAGAAGCCAGUCCCAUUGGUGUUGACUGUCCUAGGUGGCUACGGCACUGUUUACUAUUACCGCAAGUACAGAGAGUUCUACCCCUGA